GCGCCAUCCUCUUCACAACGUGAUCGCGGUGUUUAGAGGCGACUGCAAACUGUUUUCAUUUCACCGGCAUUGACAUAUUUGCAGAAGCUUUACCUAAUGGACAUCCAGAGCGGCAGCUCGGUGGUGCUGCAGGUUUUGACCCAGGCCACCAGUCAGGACACAGCUGUGCUCAAGCCUGCAGAGGAGCAGCUUCGCCAAUGGGAGACCCAGCCUGGCUUCUACUCAGUGCUGCUGAGCAUCUUCAAUAAUCACUUGCUGGACGUCAAUGUGAGAUGGCUAGCUGUCCUUUAUUUCAAGAACGGUAUUGAUCGCUACUGGAGAAGAGUUGCACCCCAGUAA